AUGAGCGUCAAGUGUGGGACGCGCGCCGCCUUCAGCUUCCCAGACUCAGACAAGGCGAAAACCGACGCCUCAACACCUCAUCACCUCAACGACAGCGGAAUCACCCAGGCUGCCCCCGGAGGCGAGCGGCACCACGUAAUCAGCGGGGAAAGCCCCCGGAUCCCUUCCUUGGAUUAUUUCCCUAUUGGGGCACAUCCCCCGGCUCCCCCUCUCUGGGGUAUUUCCUUAUCGGGAGCAAGCCGCAGACCCCCUUCCCUGGGGUAUUUCCCUAUCGGAGGCAAGCCCCUAGACCCCUUCCUUGGGCUAUUUCCCUACCGCGGCCAAGCCCCCCGGCCUCCCUUCCCUGGGGUAUUUCCUUACCGGGAGCAAGCUGGUGGAGCCAAGCCCCCGACUCCCUUCCCUGGGGGUAUUUCCCUACCGAGGGUGAGCCCCCGUACCCCAUUUCCUAGGGGUAUUUCGCCGUACUUCUCAAAAAGCUCACAGUAUUGUUUACAUUUGCGACGGUUCGAGGUAACGAGGUAUAGGUAUGGCAUCAGGGUCGCCUAUCAGGACAGUGCCAUGUACGAGUGUGAUUCAAAGUGA